GGGGUGGAAGCUGGGAGCUAGGACCCGCUGGAGGCACACGACACGCGCGACCCUCCUGGCCACUCCACUCCCCACCCUGACGUCUACCCUGGUGGAGAAGCUCCUGGGCGACGAGGCAGGCAGGCAGCUGGGACUCGGCCCCCGUCCCAUAACUCCGCUCCUGGGCGAGCUUUCGGGCCGCGAGGCCCGGGCGGGGAGGGGCCGGGCCGGGGGCGGCCUGGCAGGAAGCGGCGCGCACCUUCCGCCGCGGGAGGAGCAGGUGGCUGCCGUGCAGGUCCGGGCCCCAGGCUUCCUGUGUAGGCGCCCAUCUGCUGCUGUUUCCCGCCGGAGCUCGUUGGGCCGCCCCGGCCCGCCCGGCCCAUGGCCCAGACCCCCGACGGCAUCUCCUGUGAGCUGCGAGGAGAGAUCACCAAGUUCCUGUGGCCCAAGGAGGUGGAGCUGCUGCUGAAAACCUGGCUACCUGGGGAGGGCGCUGUGCAAAACCAUGUCCUGGCGCUGCUGCGGUGGAGAGCCUACCUGCUGCACACGACCUGCCUCCCGCUGAGGGUGGACUGCACAUUCAGUUACCUAGAGGUCCAGGCCAUGGCGCUGCAGGAGACACCCCCCCAGGUCACCUUUGAGCUGGAGUCCCUGCGUGAGUUGGUCCUGGAGUUUCCUGGUGUGGCUGCCCUGGAACAGCUGGCCCAGCAUGUGGCAGUGGCCAUCAAGAAGGUCUUCCCUUGCUCGACCCUUGGGAAGCUAUUCCGGAGGCCCACACCCGCCUCUAUGCUGGCUCGGCUGGAAAGAAGCAGCCCCUCGGAGUCCACUGACCCCUGCAGCCCCUGUGGUGGCUUUUUGGAGACCUACGAGGCUCUGUGUGACUACAAUGGCUUCCCUUUCCGAGAGGAGAUUCAGUGGGAUGUGGACACCAUCUACCAUCGCCAGGGGUGCCGCCAUUUCAGCCUGGGAGACUUCAGCCACCUCAGCAGUCGGGACCUGGCCUUGAGUGUGGCUGCCCUGUCCUACAACCUGUGGUUCCGGUGCCUCUCCUGUGUGGACAUGAAGCUGAGCCUUGAGGUCUCCGAACAGAUUCUGCACAUGAUGAGCCAGUCAUCCCACUUGGAGGAGCUGGUGCUGGAGACCUGCGGCCUAAGGGGAGACUUUGUCCGACGACUGGCCCAGGUGCUGGCAGGACACUCGAGCUCUGGGCUGCGGGAGCUAAGCCUGGCGGGGAACCUGCUGGAUGACCGAGGCAUGGCUGCACUCAGCAGAUACCUGGAGGGUUGUCCAGGAGCCCUGAGGAGACUCAACCUUGCCCAGACAGGGUUGACACUGAGAGGAAUGAGGGCUCUAGGCCAGGCACUGGCCGCCAAUGCUGCCUUCGACUCCAUCCUGACCCAGCUGGACCUUUCUGGGAACCCCGGGGCGCUAGGGCCCUCCGAGGACAGUGGGGGCCUCUAUACCUUCCUGAGCCGUCCUAACGUGCUGUCAUUCCUGAACCUCGCAGGCACUGACACCGCCCUGGACACUCUCUUCGCAGCGCUGUCCCGCGGCUGCUGCGCCAGCCUUACCCACCUCGAUGCUUCGAGGAACGUCUUCUCCCGCACGAAGUCCCGCGCCGCGCCGGCCGCGCUGCAGCUCUUCCUCAGCCGCGUGGGGACCCUGCGGCACCUGGGCCUGGCAGGCUGCAAGCUGCCGCCCGACGCACUCAGGGCCCUUUUGGAUGGCCUCGCCCUCAACAUGCACCUCCGCGACCUGCAUCUGGACCUCAGCGCUUGCGAGCUGCGCUCGGCCGGCGCCCAGGUGAUACAAGACUUAGUGUGUGACGCAGGCGCUGUGAGCUCCCUGGAUCUGGCGGAUAACGGCUUUGGCUCGGACAUGGUGACUCUGGUGCUGGCCAUUGGGAGAAGCCGGUCGCUGAGACACGUGGCGCUUGGAAGGAACUUCAACGUCCGGUGCAAGGAGACCCUGGAUGACGUCCUGCACCGGAUUGUCCAGCUCAUGCAGGACGACGACUGUCCUCUUCAGUCUCUGUCAGUGGCUGAGUCUCGGCUGAAACUGGGCGCCAGCGUCCUACUCCGAGCCCUGGCCACCAAUCCUAACCUCACCGCGCUGGAUAUUAGCGGCAACGCCGUGGGGGACGCGGGCGCCAAGUUGCUGGCCAAGGCGCUGCGGGUCAACUCGAGGCUCCGGUCUGUGGUCUGGGACCGGAACCACACAUCUGCUUUGGGCCUGCUGGAUGUGGCGCAGGCGCUGGAGCAGAACCACACCCUGAAGGCCAUGCCUCUGCCACUGAAUGACGUGGCCCAGGCGCAGCGCAGCCGCCCGGAAUUGACAGCACGUGCAGUGCAUCAGAUCCAAGCCUGUCUCUUGAGAAACAACCGUGCAGACCCUGCCUCUUCUGACCACACGGCCCACCUUCAGCCACUCAGUCUGGUCUCAGGCCCCUCAGAGCAGGAAGUGAAUGAACUGUGUCAGUCGGUGCAGGAGCAUGUGGAGCUCCUGGGCUGUGGGGCUGGGCCCCAGGGUGAAGCCGCUGUGCGCCAGGCCGAGGAUGCCAUCCAAAAUGCCAACUUCUCUCUCAGUAUUCUCCCCAUUCUAUAUGAAGCUGGAAGCUCCCCAAGCUAUCACUGGCAGCUUGGGCAGAAGCUGGAGGGCCUUCUGGGACAUGUGGGCGAGGUCUGCCGCCAGGACAUCCAGGUGAGUUGGUACUCCUGCCCCAGCCCCACCACAAUUUGCAGGUUUGAUCCCCAUCCUAUAGUUUUAACUGUUACAUCCCCUGACUCAUAUUCAAUUGGAGUUGGAGCCUCAAGCCACCAGCCUGGUGUCUGGCCACAUCCUCACCAUGCUCUGAUCUUUGUCCAGGACUUCACUCAGGCCACCCUGGACACAGCAAGGAACCUCUGCCCACAGAUGCUACCAGGAUCCAGCUGGAGGGAGCAGCUAGAGGGGGUUCUGGCAGGCUUGAGGGGCCUCCCGGAGCUGCUCCCAGAGCAGCUGCUGCAAGAUGCCUUCACUCGACUCAGGGACAUGCGGCUAUCAAUCACCGGGACCUUGGCAGAGAGCAUUGUGGCUCAGGCUUUGGCAGGCCUGAGUGCAGCCCGGGAUCGGCUGGUGGAGAAUCUGGCUCAGCAGGCAACAGUGACAAUGCCCCCUUCCCUACCGGUUCUGAAUGGAGGUCAACCCAGCCCCCUUGAGCCCGGGGAAUUGGAAGGUCUUUUCUUCUCCAAGGAGGAGAAGGAAGAAGAGGAGGAAGAGAAGGAUGACAGUCCUGCACGGAAAUGGCCUGAGCUCAGCCAUAGUCUUUACCUGGUCCCCUUCAUUCACAGUGCUGCUGAGGAAGCAGAGCCGGAGCCCGAGCUGGCGGCUCCGGGAGAAGAUGCGGAGCCGCAGGCGGGGCCAUCCGCGCGCGGCUCUCCGAGCCCUGCCACUCCCGGGCCCUCGGCUGGCCCGCUGCCCCACAUGGACCUGCCAUCCGCGGGACAGCCCCUGCGCCAUCCGACCCGGGCCCGGCCGCGGCCGCGCCGCCAGCACCACCACCGUCCGCCGCCGGGGGGCCCCCAGGUGCCCCCCGCCUUGCCGCAGGAAGGGAAUGGGCUCAGUGCCCGAGUGGAUGAGGGCGUGGAGGAAUUCUUCUCCAAAAGGCUGAUUCAGCAGGAUCACCUCUGGGCCCCGGAGGAGGACCCGGCCACUGAGGGGGGCACCACUCCUGUCCCCCGUACACUGCGAAAGAAGCUGGGCACCCUCUUUGCCUUCAAGAAGCCUCGUUCAACACGGGGCCCACGGCCUGAUCCAGAGACCAGCCCUGGGGCAGCUCCCCGAACCAGAAAAACUACAUUUGGUGACCUGCUGCGGCCGCCAACCCGUCCCAGCCGUGGUGAGGAGCCUGGUGGGGCUGAGGGGGACACCAGCAGCCCUGACCCUGCCCGAAGGAGCCGACCUCGAUACACAAGGGAUAGCAAGGCCUACUCGAUGAUACUGUUGCCUGCCGAGGAGGAGGCAAUGCUGGGUGCCAGACCUGACAAGCGGCGGCCCCUGGAGAGGGGAGAAACAGAGUUGGCUCCAUCCUUUGAACAGCGGGUACAAGUGAUGCUGCAGAGGAUAGGCGUCAGCCGAGGCAGCGGGGGUGCUGAAGGCAAGAGGAAGCAAAGCAAAGAUGGCGAGAUCAAGAAAGCUGGCUCAGAUGGUGACAUUAUGGACAGUUCCACGGAGGCCCCUCCCAUCUCAAUGAAGUCCCGCACCCACUCUGUGUCUGCUGACCCCUCCUGCAGACCUGGCCCAGGAAGCCACGGGCCUGAGUCUGCCACCUGGAAGACACUGGGGCAGCAGUUGAAUGCAGAGCUCAGGAGCCGUGGGUGGGGCCAACAGGAUGGUCCAGGCCCUCCCUCCCCUGGUCAAAGCCCAAGUUCCUGCAGAGCCAGCCCCUCCCCAGACAGCCUGGGCCUCCCAGAGGACCCCUGCUUGGGCCCCAGGAGUGAAGAUGGCCACCUGAGGCCAAGGCCUCUCUUGGCAGGGCGGCGAGCAGUGUCUGUGCACGAGGACCAGCUCCAGGCCCCUGCUGAACGGCCCCUGAGGCUGCAGCGCUCCCCCGUCCUCAAACGCAGGCCGAAGCUCGAGGCACCUCCAUCCCCAAGCCUAGGAUCUGGACUUGGAACCGAGCCUCUGCACCCAAAGCCCACAGAGCCCUCCAGCCCUGAGAGGAGCCCACCCUCCCCAGCCACAGACCAAAGAGGCGGCGGUCCCAAUCCCUGAUCCUCUCCUCUCCUGCCGCAUGAGAUUAUUUUAUUAAAAAACUCGAAGCAGAGUGUG